AAAACCGCCACGCCUCGAGCCGUUGCGUGGCACGUAGCGCCGCCUACGUACCAAUCACAACGGCGGCCUUUGUCCUGGGGAUCCCGCGAACGGAUUUCCGGCCCCGGAGGGAUGGUCUCAGCUGCAGCAGUGAAUGGUCUUCUGACCAAUAUCUCCUUUCAUCAAAUUGGUGGCCGAUGCCGAUUGGUUUGUGAAGAUGACGUGGUGAGCUGCCUCAAAGGAGACAAGAUGGUCUCAGAACGAUUUCGGGCCAUCAAGAAGAAGACCAUGGAGAAGGAAGCGAAAGAAACUGCACGACAAGCACGACAGUGUCAGCAGCUCCUCCAACGAGACAGGGAGAUGGUCAUCAGUUGGUUGAAGCAAAGGAAGUUUGAUCUCGAUGUGAAUGCGGAGAAGAAGAGCUUCUUUUGCUGGCGCUCAUAUCCUAUUUUGGAGGCUGCGCGAGACAAGGAUUGGCAUAUGAUCUGCCUCUUGCUAUACUUCGGAGCGGAUCCCUUUCAACGUGACAGCCGAGGCAAAACAGUCUUCGACUUUCUGAGUAGUGAGGUGAUGAAAGAGAAGGUGUCUUCCAUGUAUGCCAAAUCCCGCGCCGGACCACAGGAGAGCAUCCUGGGACGAAGCUGAAGGAAAGUGAGUAUGGCCAUGAGAUUCGAUCCAUACUCUGCAGAUAACCGAAAGUGCGUGUGUUCCUUUCACGCAAGUCUCUGGAGGAUUGACAGCGCGGCCGGGGUUGAACGGCCACA